UCUCCCAACUCCUUCUUCCCCUUGAAACACACUCACUACCCAUACAUACAUGCUCCCAAACCCAACUAAACCAAACCCACAAAAUCUUUGAGUUCCGAAUAUUGGGUAGAGUGAUCAGAGAGCAAAAGGCAGAGUGGUGUGUGUGUGUUGGGAAAUGAGGGAUGUUUUCGUGGCUGGCAAGGAUCAUGUGGACGUGUUGGAAGCCUGUGAGGAGAUAUGCCCGUAUGAACAAGGAUGAUAACAAUCUUGAUGACCCCUCCAUUGAAGACCCUCUCGUUUGGUGCAGAGCCCUUGACAAGCACGCUUUUGGUGAUUUCUCCUUCGCUGUGGUUCAAGCCAAUGCGGUUCUUGAGGAUCAGAGCCAAGUUGAGAUUGGGAGAGAGGCUACUUUUGUUGGUGUCUAUGAUGGCCAUGGUGGACCUGAUGCCGCCAGAUACAUCUCUGACCAUCUCUUUCUGCAUCUCAUGAGACAUGCUCAAGAAAAGGGAACCAUAUCUGAAGAUAUCCUUAGAAGUGCCUUUUCUGCUACCGAGGAUGGGUUCCUUACUCUUGUGCGUAGGACUUGUGGAAUAAAACCAGUGAUUGCAGCAGAAGGUUCUUGUUGUCUGGUUGGGGUUAUCUGGAGAGGGACUUUGUAUGUUGCUAAUGUAGGUGACUCGAGAGCUGUAAUUGGUUCUUUAGGUAGAUCAAAUAAGAUAGUUGCUGAACAACUGAAUAGAGAACACAAUGCAAGUAUGGAGGAGGUCAGACAAGAGCUCAGGGCGCUGCAUCCAAAUGAUUCACACAUUGUAGUUAUGAAGAAGGGAGUUUGGCGUAUCAAAGGCAUCAUACAGGUGUCUAGAUCUAUUGGCGAUGCGUACUUGAAGAGACCAGAGUUUUCUCUUGAUCCUUCAUUCCCGAGAUUCCAACUUCCUGAACCCCUUGGUCGGCCUGUGCUGUCAGCAGAACCAUCUGUAUGUACUAGAGUUCUACAACCUGAAGAUAGAUUUAUUAUUUUUGCAUCAGACGGUCUUUGGGAGCACAUGACUAAUCAGGAAGCUGUGGAAAUCGUGCAUAACAGUCCUCGAGAGGGAAUUGCGAACAGACUUCUGAAACUAUGUAUGAGUGAGGCAGGUAGAAAAGUGAAUAGGACAUAUGAUGACCUUAAGAAGGUCGAAAAGGGUGAGAGGAGGUGUUAUCACGACGAUAUUACGAUUGUUGUCAUUUUUAUUGAUCAUGAUUCACUGGGGAAAACACAACCUGUACCUGAGCUAUCGGUAAGAGGGUUCAAUGACACGGUUGCACCAUCAAAGUUUAGCGUCUUCAAGGAUUGAUACAAAUGUGAAGUCAGGUUCCUAGAGUAAACAACACCCAGUAACUUGAUUGCCUUGAUCUUGUUUUAGAAGACCAGGUUCAUCAAGGCUCAUCAAGAUAUUUUUUUUUUUCCAACAUUUCUCUUAACA